AUGCCUCGAGAUCCCCUCAUUGGGCUCGUGGGAAAGCCCUCCGCGGGUAAAAGCAGCACGCUCAACAGCUUGACUGACGCGAGUUCCAAAGUUGGCAACUUUCCCUUCACAACCAUUGACCCGCAACGGGCGAUCGGCUACCUGCAAAUCGACUGCGCCUGCGCGCGCUUCAACGUCUCGGACCGGUGCAAGCCCAACUACGGCGCCUGCGUCGACGGCCGGCGCUCGGUGCCGAUUGAGCUGCUCGACGUGGCCGGGCUGGUGCCCGGCGCGCACGAGGGCAAGGGGCUGGGCAACAAGUUCCUCGACGACCUGCGGCACGCCGACGCGCUGAUCCACGUCGUCGACGCGUCCGGCACCGUCGACGCCGAGGGCAAGGAGACGCGCGGCUACGACCCCUCGGUCGACAUUGCCUGGCUGCGCAGCGAGGUCGUCGCCUGGAUCCUCGGCAACCUGAUGCAGAAAUGGGGCUCCCUGCGGCGGCGCCACGUCGCCGUCAAGGCCACGGCCACCGAGACGCUGCAGCUGCAGUUUUCGGGCUACGGGUCGACCACGGUUGUCGUGAACCGCGCGCUCGACCGCCUCGGCCUCAAGGAGCCCCUGGAGGCCUGGUCGGACGAGACGGUGGAAAAGGUGGUCAAUGCCUUCAUCGACGAAAAGUUUCCGACCGUCAUUGCCCUCAAUAAGAUUGACCACCCGGACGCGGACAAGAAUAUUGCCAAGAUUGCCAAGAUGCAGGACCCUGGCAGCAUCGUCCUGUGCUCGGCCAUUUCUGAAAUCUUUCUCCGCAAAAUGGCCAAGCAAAACUACAUCAAAUACGUCGAGGGCAGCGAGUUUGUCGACACGCGCGAGGACCUCAUCGAACAGGGCGACCCCAAUGGCGGCGGCCUCAGGGAGCUCGACGAGAAGAGCCGCAACCGGAUAGAGAAUCUAAAAGACAUGGUGCUGUAUCGCUUCGGCUCCACCGGCGUCGUCCAGGUGCUCUCCAAGGCGGCCGAGUUGUUAGGCCUGGUGCCCGUGUUCCCCGUGCGCAACGUGUCGACGUUUGUGACGGGCGCCAACGAUACAAAAUAUGUAUUCAAAGACUGCGUGCUGGUCAAAAGGGGCUCGACGGUGGGCGAUGUGGCGCGCAAAAUCAUGGGCGAUGCGCCGGUGGCGUUUGUGGAAGGCGUGGGGAACCUGAGGGUGUCAGAGGAUGAUUUGGUUUCUGUAGGCAAGAAUGAUGUAAGUGUCAACUCGGGCUAUAUUCGCUUCCACAUGUCAAGACUAACAGACAGACAGGUGCUUUCAUUCAAGGUUGGGAGGGCGUAA